AUGCAAGUACAUUGGGCGAACGCAAAGGCAGUUGGCAGCCAGNNNNAGGAGGAGGAGGAGGAGGAGGAGGAGGAUGAGAAGGAGGAGGAGGAGGAAGAGGAGGAGGAGGAGGAGGAGGAGGAGGAGGAGGAAGAGGUAGAAUAACAACAACACCUGCAGUCAGGGUAUAUCUUGACGCUGUUCUUUUCCCAUAUGAAUAACACAGUUAAUCAUUAAAACAACGGUACGUGCUGUGAAUUCAGAAGUUGAGCAUAGAACAGUACGGACUGUCGCCGUGAAGACGUUCAGGUUGGUUUUCAAGAAUUACGACUAUCAGGCAAAUGCCUGCAUACUACCCUUUUAAAAAGUCUGCUGAUUUGUUUACACGCGAGAUACUUCUAUGCGCUUUUGAGGACUUUGCAGCAAUUUGAGGAACAGGAGGGUCUUCAGGUUGCAGAACCCUUAGUUGAGGAAAAUUUGUUGCAGUCAGGGGAACUGUUAUCCGGAAAAUAAUAGGAUCAAGGAACGACUUGGAGAUAACUUAGGGUUUGAAGGUUUCGGUGGCAUGUGUUCGAUGAGCGAAACAACGUCAGUCUAGAGUGUACACCUCUUCAUCUUCUCUCCUUCGCUAUUCUCCCGCACAGUUUGGUAUCGAUACUCUGAUAGUACUAAUAUCAAUAACAGUAAUGCUUAUAUUCUGGGAUAAAUAGCACUAGAUGAAAAUAAAAAUGGGCCCAAACUUAUUGGCCAUUGAGCUGCCUCGGCCGCAGGACAUUGGAAAAGCAGGCUUGAUGGCUGAAACAGUGAUUUUGUUCGCCUGUGAUUUCGGUUUCAUUCAAGAACCGAUAAGCGAUAACAGCAACGCCUGGGAAAAGUAGUAACUCCAGCAUUCAUCGCAGCGGUUUCCACUUCGCACGAUGAUGCCCUGGUCGUCCGCAUCCGAGUCGUCAACCGCGUCAAGUUCAUCAAUGUUGUUGGUGCUUGAUGCGAUAAUUACUCAGCAAUUUGCUCCACCAAAUCUGCCGCCGAAAGCAGCGUUUACUUUCGCGAUUCUGUUAGACUAAUUACUCAACCAAGGGGAGGUCAAAAGAAAGAAGUGAGAACGAUUGUUGAAAAAACCUGAACAAGAGAACUAUGAUUCACAUGCUCUUCUCUCUUUCUCUCUCUCUCAGAUGUUAAUGUUAAGAUUUAAGGUUUAGAUGGGAUCCUUCUAGGGAGCCACGGUUUACGAGGUGGCGUCAGUCUUCUCGUUGGUUAUGCGUGUUCAGAUAUCCGCGUCUGGCGUUGUCUUUUUGGUUCUCCUGUUUAGUUGCUUUGUUACAAUUAAACCAGGCUUGCUUGACUACUCCAGACAUUCACUGCUGUGGCAGCGGAUCUUUUGGGCACAUUGCUUAACCCUAACAGCUACCUUCGGUCUAUAUGCAACCCCAGGCCUAAGUGCUGUGAUGUGGUGUAGUCAUUCUUGACGUGCAGGAGCACUCGGUAAAUCUAGUGUUUGAAUCGAUUUUAUCUCUUGUCUCAUUUACACAAGCACCAGUUAACAAAGUUACAUGGAUGUUCAUGCACGUUAAGCUGUGCCGAGGCGCCAGACUACCUUGCCUUUCCCUACCUGUUCCUCAUUCUUGAACUUACGGGUUGUUUAACUGAAUGGAAGGAACACAACUCGACGCGACGCGCUUGGCAUGAGUUGGAUUGUCAGGUCGUUUGACUUUUGAUUGUUAAUUCCUUCAUAACUCUGAUCUUAUCCUGAUGUUCAUAGUCUGGGAUUGACGGUUCUGUCUUUAGCGCUCGCUACAAAGCCUCCAUAAAAAGCAUUGUAAUCCAGUAGCCUUCGUUUCCGAUUCGCUGGAAUAGGUCCCAACGGGUCAAUCACAUCUGCGACUAAGGGCACGGUUGCUGCUUAAGCCAACUACUUGCAUCACGUUUGUCGCCUAAAUAAACAUUCGAGUCAUAAUGGUAUUACCGAAAACCGACAGGGCAACGGGCUCGUGGCCCGGUGGAUAGAGGCGUGGACUUCUAAACCAACAGGUCGCGAGUUCGAGGCUCGGGUGCUCCACACUUCGGGCUUGGGUAUGGCUGGCUGACGACGGCUAAUAAGCCAGAAAUGGCCAUUUCAGUCUCCCUUGUCUUUGUCGGUAAUACCAUUCUGCCUAUAUAUCAUGCGCCGCUGUGCGGCUGCUGGUUGGGCUCGAGUGAGAGCCCUUAAGGCACAACGGAACGAGUGAGUUCCGUAUGAACGAUCAACGAGCGCCCCCUAACAUUCAAACAUUCGAGUUUUUAUUGUAACGUAAGAGGACAUCAAGAAAUAUCCAACGAUUGUCAUCUUUCUGCUCAAUCGUGAUUUGUACAUCCGGGCGGACGAUUUUGAAAUGUUCACUGAUUGUUAUCUAUUGAUCUUAGACGACAGCGAAGAUAUCUCGUACAUAUUGUUCCGUUUUUUUGCACGACUGCUCUAACCAUGAAGCCGUUGUAAUAGCUUUCAGUCGUUCGUUGAUUAUGCCGUCCGACGUGAAUCUCCUCCUAUGACGGAACUUCGGGAGUUGGGGUGAUGUGGGUAUAUCUAAAGCACUUGUGCGUUCCAUUUUUACCGUCCUCCAGGAGAAAUUCAGUAGUCUAGACAAACAAGACUAGAAAAAAUAGGCAAAAUUGAAGGUGGCUCUCUUGGCGGAAGACCAACCGUUUUGAAAAUUUUUAAGUGCCGUGUUAACGAACUGGCUGUUGUUGUCGUACUAUUUGCACGAAGGAUGCAAUCAAAGUUACGGGCCUGUAGAUGUGAUUGUUGCGUUGUUCUAUAAACCAUGCCCAGUUCGUCAAAUAAUUAGCAAAGUUCUUAGUUAUGGCAGACUUUAGAACAGGAGAAAAUACAUUGAAACACAAUCUGCACACCACUGGAGGAUCUUCGGUUUCCCGUUAAAUAUGCCUAUGAUUCGCAUGGUUUUCGGGUGGCCGACUUUGUCAUUAAUCGAAUUUUACUUUUGUGUCUUGAUUGGUCCAUCCUGAUUUAUAACUGCAAUGGCCCUAGUAGCUUAGUUGACAGAGGCCAAAAGUUACCACUUCGGUUAGGGCUCUCUGUGUGCAUGUGGGUCGUCAGCUGUGCAGUUAGGACAAUGACACCAAGCUGUUCGGUAAAACAGGCCGGUGUUCAGAGAUCCGGAGAGGCAUUCUGGUCGGAAUUGCUUAUAUGGUUCUCAAACAGGACAAGCGAAUAGGAACGCCCCGCCCACGUUAUACAGGUGUCAUUCUGCCUUAUCCCGGGCAAGGUAGACAUUCCAGAAGAAGAAGAAGAAGAAGAAGAAGAAGAAGAGGAAGAGGAGGAGGAGAAGGAGAAGGAGGAGGAGAAGGAGGAGAAGAAGAAGAAGAAGAAGAAGAAGAAGAAGAAGAAGAAGGAGGAGGAGGAGGAGGAGGAGGAGGAGGAGGAGGAAGAGGUAGGUGCGAUCAAGGGAACAAGAAGUUUACUGGCCUGACGCUUCGGACGCUCACUUGAACCCAUCAUCAGGGGCGGUCUCAGAUAAAGAUAAUGGAUGCACAAUGACUGCAGUAUUUAUAGUACCUAGCUGCCGUGGUGUCGCAUGCGUACUAUAAUUAACAGUUCUCGUUAUCACGGCUGUGGGUCGUAAUCAAGGCGACGAAGCUGUCUUUGUGCCUCCACUACCUUUAUCUGCAACCGUGGGAUUCGAGCGAGAAUCCGAAAAAGCAGGCCAAAAAAACUUCUUGCAUCUCCUUCUUCUUCUGACCUGCUUUCUUGCAGUUGCCUGUUUGCUUCUAUCGUCAAGGUAAACAUUCCCGUGUCCUAACCCUAACAUUAAUUCUGGUCCAAAUCUUAACAGUAUUCAAAAUCAUAAUUCUUACCCUACCCUUAACCCCAAUUUCCCUGUAAUCUAGUGGUUCCUGUUUCCAUUUCCUGUGGGGCGGCUAUAUAGGCACUCCCUGCAGUCUCUUUUUUAUAUUGUCCAUCCUCGACUCUGGAGAGACACUUUAUAACUUGUCAAUUAUCUUUUCGCGACAAAUGUAAGAAUUGGUCAGUUCGCUUGCACAGGUGUAGUGGAUGUAGUGUAGUAAAACUCGCAAUAGGUCAAUGUUAGCACUGGCAGCCCAAUUUUACGAUUAACUUCCAAAAUGAGUCUUUUCCAUUAUCACUGAUUUUACUAAAACAUAUUGUACUGGAAACCUCAUGUCUGUUGUUUAAAAUGAGGUCAAACACGCAUUGUCUAAAGGUCUAACUCUUAAACGAUGGCAGUAUCGUCCAAAGAAUAUGCCAAAUGAACGGCAAGGAGUGUACGAACCAUCACCACAUUUCAAAAGGACAAAGAUAGAAGGGUUUGAUGCAUUACAAGUUCCGGGUUUAUGUGCAUCAAUGUUAAGUGCGAAUUAGUGAAGACUCCAGUUAGAUUAAAUGCUUUAAUCAGGAAUCAUUGACUGAACUAACUAGAUAAACUCUCGAAUGGAUGGAAAAUCGCUUCAGUGGGCAUAUACAAUUGAUAAAUGCGGCGGAUAUUCAUAAACAAAUAUAGCAACCCUAGGAUAUCGGCCUUUCAAAAAGACUUUUUCCUAGACUUCUGUAUCACUCGCACUUACGGAAACAUUACCGGGACAGUGUAUUUGCAAAAUUUUUGAAGAAGAAUCGUCUUUUUAGCCCUCCACCUUUACUCAUGGACAUUUUUUCCGCCUCAACAAAAGAACUCGAUUAAAUGACUAGAUGAAAUGUGAGUCUGUCCAGUGAUGAUUUGGGCCAAAAUGCUAUGCCGCUCGAACGAAAACGAUCAAUACCGCAAAAAUGACAAUCAAAAUUUCCCCGAACUUUUCGAUAUUUGUUUGAGUUGCAGGAUUACUGGUCGCAAUGCGAGAGAUUGCGAGGGCUCUAGACCAAACUUCUAAACCUAGCAAUGAGAUCUUAUUUGUACUGUAAUUAGAUCGAGUUAAUGUAUGCAUGUACAGUAGGCGGGCUAACUCAUGAAUUGUCAAACGAAAUUCCGAAAUACGUUUUCGUUCCGAAAAGAUUAAUUAAGUAGGGUUGUAAAACUAGUCAUCUUGCAACAUAACUCUAUGAUAUUGUAGUUAUCUCAGAAUACCGGCUUUCGAAUGAACUUCCUUCCAGGUGCAAGUAAAAAUUAUACUCCGAUAAAAUGACCAUUUAGGUAGCAUGAUUUUUUCCCAUUGAUUUUCGAUGCUCCUAGAAGUACAAUUAUAUUUCAUGGAAAACAUGCAUAAAAAUAUUCUUCUUUUGCUCAUUCGGUAGAAAAUUACGUCUUCUUCUAAUUUUAUUCUCGAAUAAGGGACAUAAUUCGGUUUUAAAAACGGUUCUAAUUAUGGGACUUUUUAAUACCGUGAAAUGGCCGUUCAUAAGUCAUGUCUCCGCAUUUACCAAUGUGGCUUGUAAAGUUAACAAUAUGGAUCAAAUCCAAUGUUAAAUUUUAUGAAUCCUAUAUGGUCCCCCUUUAUUACCGUAGAGAAAUGUGUGGUUUUUCGUACGCGGAAAAUAUACGGCUUGUAGUUUGGAAACCCUGAAUCCAAGUGUAACGGUGGAGCGGGUUCAAAAUUAGUCGGAAAUUGGAAAAGUUUUUGAAAAGCGAAUAAUACUCUUCUGUCGAGUACAGGAUUGGAAGACGACGUAAUUAUCUACAGAAUGGACAAAAGAAUGAAUAUUUUGAUGAAUGUUUUCCAUGAAAUAUAAUUGGACUUCUAGGGGCAUCGAAAAUCAAUGAGGAAAAUUUAUGCUACUCGCCUCUGUCUUUACAGAGUGCAGUUUCUGCAUGCAGCCGGAUGGUGCUUAGGGUUAAAAUUGACCGCAUAGAGCGAGAAAAAUUCCGCCACCUUUAUUUAUCGGUCUACCCGUAAAUCUUUCGCCCUUCAACUCUGCUAUUAUAACUAGACGGACUUCGACCAGGUAGUCAAUUGCCUGUUCGUGACCUCUACCAUCCAUACGAAGCUUGUCUGAUUCAAGAAACCAAUGGAUCUGUGUGCGCCCACUCCUGAUUGAAUGCGCACCCGAUCGGCAGCCACAGAGAAUGGCAAGUUGCGAGGCACUGAUUAACUUCGGUUCGAUGAAGUGCUUAUGACCCAUCUGCUAGAACCCGUCUGUGGACCAUCUGCGCCGCGUACGAGCGGGUUUUAUUUUUCUGUUCAGAGUUGGUGGCCAGUUUUAUAAUCGGUUGAAUGAAAGCAAAAUAAGCCAGAAACAGUGCUGUAUCAAUCUACCCCCCAGACUCUGUCGUCUCCCCUCUGCUAUCAUACCUUGGCCAACUUCGGCCUAGUAGGUGGUUACCUGUUCGUGACCCCUAUCGCCCAUACGAAGCUUGUUUGCUUUGGGAAGCCAAUGGAUCGGUGUGCGCUCAUUCCUGAGUGAAUAAAUACCCAAUCUGCAGGAACAGAGGAUGACAGGUGGCUAGGCACUGAUGAACUUCGGUUCGAUGAAGUGUCCAUGACCAACCUGGUAGACCCCGGUGGUGGAUCAACUGCGCCAGGUGCGUCUGUGCGUAUGUUUGUGUUUUUGAUACCAGCUGGUGGUUAGGCUUAUGAUUGGCUGAAUGAAGGCAAACAAGCACGAAACAGUGCUGUUUCAAUCUACCCCCCAGACUCUGUCGUCCCCUCCUGCUAUCAUAGCUUGGCCGACUUCGGCCUGGUAGGUAGUUACCUGUUUGUGACCCCUAUCGCCCAUACGAAGCUUGUUGGCUUCAAGAAGCCAAUGGAUCGGUGCGCGCCCAUUCCUGAUUGA